AUGAUCGAUAGGAUUCAAAUAUGUCUAGAAUUAGUUUACUCAACUAUAAGUCCAGUGAUUAAAGCACUUAGUCCAAAUGAAGGAUGGGUUACGGGUGGUGAAACGAUUACUGUGAUUGGUGAGAAUUUUUUCCCCGGUCUACAAAUUGUUUUUGGAUCAACUGCUGUAUGGGGUGAAAUCAAUUACGAAACAAUAUUUACUUUCACUACUACUACUACUACUACUACUACUACUACUACUACUACUACUACUACUACUACUACUACUACUACUACUACUACUACUACUACUACUACUACUACUACUACUACUACUACUACUACUACUACUACUACUACUACUACUACUACUACUACUACUACUACUACUACUACUACUACUACUACUACUACUACUACUACUACUACUACUACUACUACUACUACUACUACUACUACUACUACUACUACUACUACUACUACUACUACUACUACUACUACUACUACUACUACUACUACUACUACUACUACUACUACUACUACUACUACUACUACUACUACUACUACUACUACUACUACUACUACUACUACUACUACUACUACUACUACUACUACUACUACUACUACUACUACUACUACUACUACUACUACUACUACUACUACUACUACUACUACUACUACUACUACUACUACUACUACUACUACUACUACUACUACUACUACUACUACUACUACUACUACUACUACUACUACUACUACUACUACUACUACUACUACUACUACUACUACUACUACUACUACUACUACUACUACUACUACUACUACUACUACUACUACUACUACUACUACUACUACUACUACUACUACUACUACUACUACUACUACUACUACUACUACUACUACUACUACUACUACUACUACUACUACUACUACUACUACUACUACUACUACUACUACUACUACUACUACUACUACUACUACUACUACUACUACUACUACUACUACUACUACUACUACUACUACUACUACUACUACUACUACUACUACUACUACUACUACUGAACAAAUAAAAUUACAAAUAAAAAACUUACGUUUUCAAUUGUUGAUUACACCACAUGCUCUACGUGUUAGUACUCCACCAAGACAUUUAUCUGGUGUAGUUGAAGUGACAUUAGCAUUUAAAAAUAAAACAUUCUGUAAAAACAAUCCAGGUAGAUUUGCUUAUAUUGCAAUGACAGAUCCUACAAUUGAAUAUGGUUUUCAAAGAUUAUGCAAAAUUAUUCCACGUCAUCCAGGUGAUCCAGAACGUUUACCACGUGAAAUCAUUUUGAAACGUGCUGCAGAUUUAGCCGAAGCAUUAUAUACAAUCCCUAAUCGUGGUGGUAUUGGAUUUCGAUCACCACAUUUACAACUAGCUUCACAAUCACUACAACCAACAUCAUCAUUAUCAUCCUCUAUAUUUUGUACUAAUCAAGAAGAAACAGAAGAGAGAGCAGAAGAAGAAGAAGAACGUCAUCAACAACAUUCACAACAUCUAACAGACAGUAAUCAAAAUUUAGAAAAUCGAUGUACACCAUCUUCAAAUAAUGUUAAUAAUAACAAUAAUACUAGUCAUAUUUCAUUAUGUCCUAAUGUUUCCUCAGUGCAAAUGGGAUCAAUGAAUAGUUUUCUAGCACUAACUGGUCAAAAUGGUAUUAAUUUUUAUCCAUAUGGAAUAACAACGUCAACGACAACAUCAGCGGCAGCGCCAUCAAUUCUAUCAAAUUUAGAGUUAAAUGAACAUCGUGACAACUUAUCAGCUUUACAUGAUUCUAGAAUUAGUUUACAUAAAGCUUUUUAUACAUUUGAUAGAAAAGAUGUUGACAAUGUAAUAUUAAGCGGUUAUUGUUGUUGUACUACAACUGGUACAUCAACAACCACAACAAUGGCAACAACAACGACAACAGCACAUUUAAUCCAUUCCAAUUCUAAUUCAACAUCGAUUAUAAAUGAUGAUAUUAUUGGUAUGAGUCAAAGUAGUCCUGAAAGUGGUACAGUCACUAGUAAUAGUAGUGGUGGUCUAGAAAGUGUACAAAGUGAUAUGAAUUGUUUAGAUCAUAUAAAUCAUAAUAAUUCUCCAACAAAUUCAAAUAAUGAUGAAUUACAAAAUUCACUAAACUGUCAUCAUCAUCAACAACAACAACAACAACAAUCCCAUUCACAUCGUCAGUCACAAUUGAAUCUUCAUCGAAAUCAGCAUGGAUUUGAAGAUAUUGUCGAAGAUGAUAAUGAAGAAGGCGAUAACAAUGAUAAUAACAAUAAUAAUGUUAAUAAUAUUCAUGAUCAUUUAAAUAAUCAUAGAUCAUGUUUAAUGUUAAGUAAUAAAAAAUUGAAACAGUCAAAUAUUUACACAGAAUCUAUUAACCAUAAUCAUAAUCAUCAUUAUCAUCAUCAUCACCAUCCAUUGAAGAGGUUACGUUGUGAUUGGUCAAUAGAAGAGAAACAUAUGAAUGAAACUAGACAACGACAAGAAAUAUAUGAUGUAAUAAAAAUGCCAAAUGAUUCAUUUCAAACUAUUACACGUAAUAUAGCACCAUUUUUAAGGCAUAUCAAUGAUGAAAUGAAUUAUAAUGUUAAUGUUCUACCUGAAAUGAAUUCAUCAAUAAUGAAACAUCAUGAUAAACCAUUAAUCACUACAUGUUUAAAUACAGAUUUUGCAUCGAAUCUAAAUCCUUCUUAUCAUGUAUCACAAGCAAAUAUAUUAAAUUCAAAUAAUGAUAAUUGUUUAUUGAAAUCAGUUAAUACAAAUGAAAUAACUGAGUACAAUGAACAUAGAAUUAAAACAAGUAACAAUGUCAAUCAAUCAAUUUGUCCACAAAUUACAUCCUAUUCAAAAUUUAAUAAGUCAUCAUCUCUUUAUGAACAUAAUAGAGAUCGUCAUCAGAUACAACUUUCAAAAUCAACUUGUAGAUUACCAUCAAGUGAGUUAACUUCUGUGGUUGAAAAUAAAACGACAGAUGAUAAUUCAUGGACUGGAUCAUCAUAUAACUUACAGCAUUUAUCAACAUCGUUAAUUUAUCUAGCAGAUAACUAUACAGAUCAUGAUAUAGAAUCAACAUCAUCUUUAUGUUCUACAACAGAAACACUAUCUUCAAUAAAAAAUUCAAUUAACACUCCAUCAUCAAUAUCAUCUAUUAGAACAAGAACAAAUUCUGUACAAUCACCUAAUCAUGAACAUCAAAUUCAUUUGAUGCAAAAAAUAAAAUUAAAUGAAGCAUCAAAACCUAUAAAUCAUAUGUUUCAUUCAACUCCAACAUUAUCUUCACCUUUAUCUUUAUCAGGUUCCAUCUCUUCCUCCUCUUCAUCCUCCUCCUCAUCAUCAACAUCAUCGGCUACGACUAUUCAUGAAUCAAUGAUAAGUAAAGAAACUGUUAUGGAUUCUUCAAGUCCAAUUAUACAAUGGUCAAAGUAA